CGAGCGUGCCUCUGGCGUGUCAGAGGACGAGUCUGAAAAGACUCGUCUUUUGGACGAUCUUGUUGCAGCAUACGACGACGCGAAGGAGGAAGAAGCGCAGAAGGCCGCACUGCAAAAGAAGUCGCUGGAGGACAGCGAACAAGUAGGUCACAUCAUUCGUGAGGAGGCCAUGCUGUCCCUAGGAAAACGUAAGAAGGCACGUGACGACGAAGGUUCGGGUCGCGGCGGCAAUAGCAAAGUUGUUCGAAUGAUGGCAAUGAUGCACGAACAAGUCAAGGCUGACAUGGAGUUCCAACGUAUCAAACACGCGAACGAGAUGGAAGAGCGCCAAAAAGACCGCGAAUUGUUUGCCCAGCAAAUUCGUCAUCAGCAGGAGUCGAUGACUGCAUUGAUCAAUUUGUUAGUGAACAAGUCGUAA